AAAAGGAAUUCUCCGAAUCGCUAGAUAGUAUGUAAAGUGAACAAAUCGUUUGCAUUGUUCAAUGCUAUAUUGGAGCCAAAUAAUUCUCCUAAAUUAUCCUUUAAAAUGUAUAUAUAUACUCUAAGAUGAAAUCUCUAUUUCUGAAUAUUAAAGGAUAUAAGAACAGGAUGUACUUUUUGCUGUGAAAUAUAUUUUAUGACUUUUAAUAAUUUCAGUGGAAUAAUGGAGGAGGAUCUAAAACCACUGGGCUGGAAGUAGAUGAUUGAGAGGAAGAUCGAGUAUCCUCAUAUCAAUAAAGUACCUCUUAUGAAACUAUGACCCGGUGGGCACGAGUUUCUACCACACAUAACAAGAGACCUUUGCCUGCAACAUCAUGGGAGGACAUGAAGAAGGGAUCCUUUGAGGGAACAAGCCAAAACCUACCAAAACGUAAACAUGAGGCCAGUAGGCUGUCCCUCAAAAAUGAUGCAUCCCAACCAAAACAUAAAAAGAACAGAAAGAAAAAAGAGUACUUAAAUGAAGACGUGAAUGGAUUUAUGGAAUACCUAAAACAGAACUCGCAGAUGGUUCACAAUGGGGAGAUUCUGUCAACAGACAGUCGGGAAAUAAGGGAAGAAAUUGCAGUCGCUUUAAAGAAAGACAGUCGACGGGAAGGAAGGCGAUUAAAAAGACAAGCAGCAAAGAAAAAUGCAAUGGUAUGUUUCCAUUGUAGAAAACCUGGCCAUGGAAUUGCAGAUUGCCCAGCCGCCCUUGAAAAUCAGGAUAUGGGGACUGGAAUAUGUUACCGGUGUGGGUCCACAGAGCAUGAGAUCACCAAGUGCAAGGCCAAAGUAGACCCAGCUCUUGGUGAAUUUCCUUUUGCAAAAUGUUUUGUUUGUGGGGAAAUGGGACACCUGUCUAGAUCCUGUCCUGAUAAUCCCAAAGGACUCUACGCUGAUGGUGGUGGCUGUAAACUUUGUGGCUCUGUGGAACAUUUGAUGAAAGAUUGUCCUAAAAGUCAGAAUUCAGAUCGAAUGGUCACAGUUGGUCGCUGGACAAAGGGAAUGAGUGCAGACUAUGAAGAAGUUCUGGAAGAACCUAAACCACAGAAACCUAAAACAAAGACCCCUAAGAUUGUUAAUUUUUGAUAUUUGGUGCUAUUGUUAGAUACCCCUCAUUGGUACUUUCCCAGGCAGGCCUACGUGACAAGGUAGAGCUGGCCCCACGUGGAGCCGAGCCUGUGCUGUAGACGUCAGUAGGGUCGAGGCGUGGUCCAACACAGUUCUGCCAUCUUCCAUUGAGGAUACUUUUACCCUUGUUUGGAGAAAAAUCACUGAAGAACAGAAUAGGAUGAUUAAAUUAGAUUCUCUAAAAGAGCAUAAUUUUUUACAGAUAGUACUUAGAUAUAACUAAGUGGUUACAUGCUUGAUUGUAGCAAUCAUUUAAAAAAACUAUGCAUUAAUAUGAACUACCCCUGAACAAAGGAUACUGCUUUGCAUUUGGAAAUGAAUAUUGUUUCCUUGGUUCUAAGUAUCAAUUCAUUAUUAUAAUACAAUUUAUUUAUAAAUUUUCACAGAACUGUAUUUUCAAAAUAUUAAAUAAAAGUAUAUUUCGUA